AUGACCCGAAUCGCAGAGCCCACACCUCUUCCCCCCUCAGCCCCCAUAAACGGCACUCAGAAACACCAAGAAGAAUCUCAAGAUGAGCACAAGGACAACUUGGGCACCUUCUCCGUGCCAAACAUCCAGCUCCAAAUCCGAGACCUCAAGCACCCCGGCUCAAAGCGCUUCCUCGGCGCCGUCAACGCAACCGAUUUGCUUACCACGGGCACCCUGAAUGUCCUCAAGCUCUUGUACAACACUCCCCCAAACCCAGAGACGACAGUUCCGCCAACCAGUUCCGUGACGCUCGUCCUCGAGGACAUGCCCGGCGUGGCCUACACAGUCGGCCACAAUGACAACAACAACAUCAAGGAAAUUCACUUUUCGCUCUCGUACAUUGCGCAAAUCAACCCUCCCUCUCGCGUGACCCCCGAAAUCAACGGCGUCGUAACUCAUGAGCUUGUCCACUGUUUCCAGUACAAUGGCUUCGGCGCCGCCCCAGGUGGUCUCAUCGAGGGCAUCGCAGACUGGGUGCGCCUUCACUGCAACCUUGCGCCGCCGCACUGGAAGCAGGAGAUCAAACCGAAUUGGGAUGCCGGCUAUCAGCACACUGCCUACUUCCUGGAGUAUCUUGAAAAGCUCUAUGGCCAAGGGACGGUUCGUCGAAUAAACGAGAAACUUAGAGUCAGCAGAUAUGCCGAGGAUACCUUUUGGCCUGGGCUUUUUGGAAGAAAGGUUAAAGACUUGUUUGCAGACUAUACCAAAACAUUGCAACAUGGCGUAUAA